CGGCGGCGGCUUCGGCGCGGUCCCAGGCCCCGAGCGCCCUAGCAGCAUGGCGGAUAAGAACGGAGCCCUCAAGUGCACCUUCUCGGCGCCCGGCCACAGCACGAGCCUCCUGCAGGGGCUGGCCACCCUCCGCGCCCAGGGCCAGCUCCUCGACGUCGUCCUCACCAUCAACAGAGAGGCCUUCCACGCCCACAAGGUGGUCCUGGCUGCCUGCAGCGACUACUUCAGGGCCAUGUUUACCGGUGGCAUGAGGGAGGCCAACCAGGACGUCAUCGAGCUCAAGGGAGUGUCCGCCCGGGGCCUGCGCCACAUCAUCGAUUUCGCCUACAGCGCCGAGGUCACCCUGGACCUGGACUGCGUGCAGGACGUGCUGGGGGCCGCCGUGUUCCUGCAGAUGCUGCCGGUGGUGGAGCUGUGCGAGGAGUUCCUCAAGGCCGCCAUGAGUGUGGAGACGUGCCUCAACAUCGGCCAGAUGGCCACCACCUUCAGCCUGGCCUCGCUGCGCGAGUCGGUGGACGCCUUCACCUUCCGCCACUUCCUGCAGAUCGCCGAGGAGGAGGACUUCCUGCGGCUGCCCCUGGAACGCCUGGUCUUCUUCCUGCAGAGCAACCUCCUGCAGAGCUGCGCCGAGAUCGACCUGUUCCGCGCCGCCGUGCGCUGGCUGCAGCACGACCCGGCCCGGCGUCCCCGCGCCAGCCACGUGCUGUGUCACAUCCGCUUCCCGCUCAUGCACUCUUCGGAGCUGGUGGACAGCGUGCAGACCCUGGACAUCAUGGUGGAAGACGUGCUGUGUCGUCAGUACCUCCUGGAAGCCUUCAACUACCAGGUGCUGCCCUUCCGGCAGCACGAGAUGCAGUCCCCGCGCACGGCCGUGCGCUCCGAUGUCCCCUCGCUGGUCACCUUCGGGGGCACGCCCUACACGGACAGCGACCGCUCCGUGAGCAGCAAGGUGUACCAGCUAGCCGAGCCCGGUGCCCGCCACUUCCGCGAGCUCACGGAGAUGGAAGUGGGCUGCAGCCACACGUGCGUGGCCGUGCUGGAUAAUUUCGUCUACAUGGCCGGGGGCCAGCACCUGCAGUACCGCAGCGGCGAGGGCGCGGUGGACGCCUGCUACCGCUACGACCCUGAACGUGCUGUGUGGCAUGGUCUACGCCACCGGCGGCCGCAACCGGGCGGGCAGCCUGGCCUCGGUGGAGCGCUACUGCCCGCGGCGCAACGAGUGGGUGUACGCAUGCUCGCUGAAGCGCCGCACGUGGGGUCACGCCGGGGCCUCCUCGGGGGGUCGUCUGUACAUCUCCGGGGGCUACGGCAUCUCGGUGGAGGACAAAAAGGCCCUGCACUGCUACGACCCCGUGGCCGACCAAUGGGAGUUCAAGGCGCCCAUGAGCGAGCCCCGAGUGCUGCACGCCAUGGUGGGCGCCGGGGGCCGCAUCUACGCGCUCGGCGGCCGCAUGGACCACGUGGAUCGCUGCUUCGACGUGCUGGCGGUGGAGUUCUACGUCCCGGAGACGGACCAGUGGACCAGCGUGAGCCCCAUGCGGGCCGGCCAGUCGGAAGCCGGCUGCUGCCUGCUGGACAGGAAGAUCUACAUCGUGGGGGGCUACAACUGGCGCCUCAAUAACGUGACGGGUAUCGUGCAGGUGUACAACACCGAGACGGACGAGUGGGAGCGGGACCUGCACUUCCCAGAGUCCUUUGCAGGCAUCGCCUGCGCCCCCGUCUUGCUACCCCGCGCUGGGACCAGGAGGUAGCGCCUGGGGUACGCCCCGGGCACCCUGGCCUGCACGCGUGCUGUCUCCGAGCUGGGCUUGGCGAGAGCAUGUUUGCCUCAUACCGCAGCUUCCCCCCUGGCUAGCCUCGAGGGCCUGGAUAAGCCCCUUCUCCGGGGUCCCUUCCUCCUUCUGGAAGCCGAUCCCAAAUCCGGCUUGGCUCCCUGGCUCCCUUCCAGCACAGAGGGUGCCUAAACCCAAGCGCGGGGCGUUUUCCUCUCGCACUGCCCCCGUUGGAGUCCUGAGCUGUGGGUGGGAUUGGGGAGGGUCUCCUUUGUGGCAUGGGUUGUGUGGCUGCCCUUCAUGUCUCUCCCCACCACUUCUACAGUUUCGGACAUUGGGAUGCGAGCUCAUUAAGGUCAACCCCAAAAUCCGAGGUAUGCAAACCUCCUCCCCAC